GGGCAACCAAAAAGCCUCAUAACAAGUAUUCUAAAAAGAGACCCCACGUGUCUGCAAUUCAUAACCCCUAGAACCCUAAUUGCUUCCACUUUCAGACACCACUGCGCGCGUAACAUAACCAGAACGUUCUACAGAUUUCAUUCGAGUUUUCUCUCUCUGAACUAGUUUGAGCUUUGGCAAUGGCGGCGGAGCCCAAGGCAGCGACUGAGGAGGCGAAGAUCGAUUUGUUCGAGGACGACGACGAGUUCGAAGAGUUCGAAAUCAAUGAAGAGUGGGAGGACAAGGAAGAAGGAAAAGAAGUGACACAGCAGUGGGAAGACGAUUGGGAUGAUGAUGAUGUUAAUGAUGACUUCUCUCUGCAGCUGAGGAGGGAAUUGGAGAACAAUACGGAGAAGAACUGAGCUAAAAUUUUAGAAUCAUCCUUGUUUUUAUUCUUCUGCACCGGCACAUGCUUAUUCUCUAGCUGCUCUUUUUCCUGUCUUAAAUGUAUGGACAUUAUAUUGCUCUGAUAUAGUACCAUAUGAACUUCUGUAUUAAAUCUAUUGCUUGCUAAACAUGGAAAUUUACCCCCAA